CUUAGUUCUCACAUCAUCUUCUUGCACCAUUUCCUAGUGUGCUCGUGUGCUUAAACUUUUCUUAAUUCUCUUUCUUUUUUGUUGUUGUUCUUGUUGAAGUUGUGGUGUCUGUAUUAUGGCUUGUUCCGGAAGUAAUAGUGGAAAUGGGAGUGGAGGUUCAGGGUCUCCUUGUGGGGCAUGCAAGUUUCUGAGAAGAAAGUGCGCGGCUGAUUGUAUAUUUGCUCCUUAUUUCUGCUCCGACCAAGGCCCUGCUAGUUUUGCUGCCAUACAUAAGGUGUUUGGAGCUAGUAAUGUCUCCAAACUCCUCUUGAACUUGCCCCAUGAUCGUUGUGAGGCUGUCCUCACUAUUGCUUAUGAAGCUCAGGCUCGUAUCAGAGACCCUGUUUAUGGUUGUGUCUCCCACAUUUUUGCCUUACAACAACAGGUGGCAUGCUUGCAAGCACAGCUGAUGCAAGCCAAGGCACAGUUGGCUCAGAAGAGCACAGAGAAUAAUGAAGACUACUGGGGAAGGAACAAUGCUUAUGGACAAACACUGAAUCCAGUCUAUGGCACUAGUUACAGCAACAUGAACCCUAUAUCUCCUCAGAGUUCUCUUGACUCCGUUGAUUACUCUACAAUUCACGAUGGAUCCAUGUGUUUGCAGCAAGAAGGUUUCUCUUUCCAGCAACCUCGCUCCAAGAAAAGUCCAUCGUAUGAUAGCAACGACUUGAGCGAGCUUCAAGAGCUAGCACUCAGAAUGAUGAGAAACUAGGCUCUAAUAAUCAAUGAGCUAUUCUCUAUUAAUCUGUCUUUGUACGUUAACGUUUUCUUCAAGGGCAUCCGAUCCCUUGAUGUAUAUACUGAGAGUAUUAGUUCCCUUAACUGGUAGGCCUAAACUGGGCAUUUAGGCUUUUUCUGUCCGUGGCUUCCAAUCCAAAACUAAUUAAAUUUUUUGCGCUCUUUAUAGA